GACAGAAAUCUAUGAAGAGGAGACAAAAUCUAAAGUGGAGAAGACAGACUGUGAUCAUUUCAAGGCGGGUAAGAACGAAGUGAAAGAGGGAGAUCACAAAGUGUGUCACGCUGAGGCACAAAUUGACUAUGUGAUGCCAGAGAAAGGGCCUGAGCGUAUUGAGAAGGAGGAGAAGCAGGAGAAGAGGAAAAGUAGUCAUCAAUACAAGAAGAUGAACCAUCAGGAGAAGAAGGGGAUUAAGUUGGCAAAGGAAGGAAAAGGGGAAGACAAAGGCUCAGGGGGAGGGUUAACCCUAACCCUAACCCUGACUCUAACUCUGACGCUAACCCAGGAAGAGGAAGUGAAGGAGAAGACCUGCAACUUCAAGGAGAAGGAGAGUAGUGAGAAAGAAACAAAGUGCCGACAGGAAUUGCCAGAGAGGAUGAAGAAGGAAAAGGGGAGCGAUCAUGAAGAGGAGGAGACUAGAAGCAAACGGAAAUACAAAAGGAAUAACCUCAAGGAGCAGAGUAACUGGGAGAAAGAGAAGUAUGGAAGUGAUUACAGUGAGAAGGAGAAAUGGAUUAACCAGGAAAAGGAGUGGAAGACAAAAGAGAGUGAUAGUUGUAAAGAAGAGAAAAGGAGCAAUCCUGAAAUGGAUGAGAAAAUGAUUGAGCAGAAGGAGGAGCAAAAGGAGAAGGAUAGUCAAGAAGACAAAGAGAACAACCAGGAAAAGAAGCAAAUAAAGUCUGACAGCGAGGAGAAAGGAGAUGAACCGGAGAAGCAGGAGGAGAAAGAGGGUGAAGAGAAGAAGGAGGGAAGGAGUGAAAAUGAUGAGGAGAAAAAGGCUGACGAGGAGAAAGUGAGUGACAGUGAGAGAGGGAAGGAGGAGAGUAAUCAUGAGGAGAAAGAUAUGAACACACAACGGCAAAAGAGAAGUGAUAAUGAGGAGAAGAAAGAUGUUGACCAGGAGAAGUAUAGCACUAUUGAUCAUGAGGAGGAGGAGAAAAGAAACCUUGUCGAGGAGGAGGAAGAAGACAAAAUCAAAGAUCACGACAAGAAGGGUGAGAAGCAGCACGAAACAAGGAAUAAUGAGAAGGAGGAGGAGAAAAAGUAUGACCUAGGGGAGAAGAACAAUCAGAGAAAUGAUGAGGAAAGAUAUGAUCAUGAAGAAGAGGAGGAAAAGCCUAACAAAGAAAACAUGGAUGAUGGAGAAAAGGACAAAGUCAAAGGUCAAGAUGAAAAGCAUGACCAGAAGGAGGAAAAGGAGGAGGAAACCAGUAGUAAUGAGAAAAAAUAUUAUCUAGAGGAGAUGAAUGAACAGAGUAAUGAGGACGAAAGACAUGAUCAUGAAGAGGAAAAUCCUGACAAGGAGAACACAAAUGAUGGUGAAGAAGAGGAGAAAACCGGCAACCAGCAGGAGGAGGAAGAGGACAAAAUCAAUGAUCAUGACAAGAAGUGUAAACAGGCACAGGAGGAGGAAACCAGGAUUAAUGAGAAGGAGGAGAAAAAGUAUGAGAUGACCAACCAGAGAAAUGAUGAGGAAAGGGAUGAUAAUGAAAUAGGGGAGGAAACGUCUGGCAAGGAGAAGGAUGAGGAGGACUAUGAAGAGGAGAAAAACAGCAACAAGGAGGAGGGGGUAAAGGACAAAAUCAAUGAUUACGAUGAGAAGAGUGACCAGGAGGAGGAGAUGGACAUCAAGAGUAACGAGGAGGAGGCCAAAAAGUAUGACCAAGAGGAGAUGAACGAAAAGAGAAAUGAUGAGGAAAUGAGUAAUCAUGAAGGGGAGGAAAAAGCUGACAAGGAGAAAGAGAACAUGGAUGAUGAUGAUUAUGAAGAGAAGCAGAAAAACAUCAUCCAGGAGGAUGUGGAAGAGGGUAAAAUCAAAGAUCGCGAUGAAAAGGGUGACCAGGAAGAGCAGAAGAUCAAGCACGUCAAGGAGGAGGAAAAGGGGGGUGGUAAUGAAGAUGAGAUGAAUGGCAAGAAGGAUAGUGAGACUGCCAUGAUGAAACAGGAUAAAGAAAGUGAUCACGUUGACGAGGGGAAGACUGCUCAGCAAGAGGAGAAAAUAAGUUGCGAUGAGGAGGAGGAAAAACAGAAUAAGCAUGAGGAAACCACUGAUUGGGUGGACGAGGAGACAGAAACUGAUCGUGUUCAGGAGGCAGACAUGGCUACUAAGGAGGGGGGGAAUGAGAAGAGAGUAAGUAGUUGCAAAGAAGACUCGGGAAAUAAAAGGAACAAUGAGGAGGAAAAACAGAAUGACCAAAAAGAGGACACUGAUUGGAUAGAAGAAGAGAAAAAUAGUAAUUAUAAUAAGGAGAACAAGAGCAACCAGGAGGAGAAAGAAAAUGAUGAAAACAAGAACAAGAAGGAGGAAGAAAAACUGUGUUAUGAGGACAAGUGCGAAAAGGAGGAAGGUAAGGGAAAAAUUGGCUACCAUGACGAGAUGAAAAACCAAAAAGAAAAGAACAUGGCUGUCCAGGAGAAGGGACGAGAGGAGAAAGUGAACAAUUAUGAAAAUGACGAAAACAACAGGAGGUUUAAUGAGGGAGAGGAACAAAAUGACCAAAAAGAGGAUGUUAAUUUGAUGGAGCAGAAGAAUAACUUUGAGGAGGAGAAAAAGAGCAUCCAGGAAGAGGAGGCGGAAGAAAGUAAUGAAGAUCUCAUGAUAAACAUCCAGGUGGAGGAGGGGAAAAUGUCAUGUGAGAAGGAGUGUGACCAUAAAAAGGAGGAGGAAAAAAUGGACUACAAUAACGAGGAGGAAAACGUUGACCAAAAAGAAGAGGAGGAGCACAUGGCUAACCAGGAUGAGGGGCAGGAAAGGGAAGUGAACAAUUAUGUAGGAGAGGAUGGAAAGAACAAGGUGAUCAAAGAAAAGGAGGAAGAUGAGGGAACAAAUGGCCACCAUGAUGAGAAGAAAAAACAUAAACGAGAGAACAUGUCUGACGAGGAGGAAAGAAGAGAGGAGAAAGUGAACAAUUAUGAAAAUGAAGAGAUGAACAGGGGGUUCAAUGAGGGAAGGAAACAAAAUGACCUGAAAGAGGAUGUUAAUUUGAUAGAGGAGAAUAACUAUGAAGACGAGAAUACAAGCAGACAGAAGAAGGUUGAGGAAAAAAGUAAUAAAGAUGUCAAGAUAAACAUCCAGGAGAAGGAGGCAAUAAUGUAUUGUGAGAAUGAGUGUGACCAAGAUGAGGAGGAGGAAAAACCUGACCUGGAAAAGGAAAGGAAAAUGGGCUACAAUGAGAAGAAUGCCCAAGAAGAAGAGGAGAACAAGGAGAAAGGGCAGGAAGAGUAUGUGAGUGCUUUUGAAGAGGAGGAAAAGAACCGAAGCUGCAUUGAGGAGGAAGUCCAGAAUGCCCAAAAAGAGGAUGUUGAGUUGAUGAAGGUGGACAACCGAAAUAAUCAUGAAGAGAAUAAUAGCAGUCAGGAGAACAAGGAGAAAGAAAGUGAUGAAUCCAAGAUCAACAACCAGGUGAAGGAGGAAAAAAUGCAUGAUAACCAGGACCAUGACAAAAAAACUGACCAGGAGAAGAAGGAAAUAAUGUGUUACAGUGAAGAGAUUGAGAAAAAGAACGACCAAGAAGAAGAGGAAAAUGUAAAAGCGCAUGGGAAAGAGGUGGAAAAAGAGUGUUUCAAGGGGAAAGUAACGGGCUACCAGAUGGAAAAACAGCAUGAACAAGAUGUGGAGAGACACUCGGACUCCAAUGAGAAGGACCAGGAUCAAAAGGAAAAAAAGAGUGAUGCCGUGGAGAGUAGCAUGCAGGAGAAGGAUGAGCAAGACAGUGACCAAAACAAGGAGAGUAACCAGGAAGGGGGUAACGAAGAUGAGGAGUCCAAACAGGAGAAGGACGAUGGGGGCAACGCUGAUGAUGAGCAGAAUCAAGAAAGAGACAACGAGGAGGAGAAGGACCAGGAUAGCGAAAGGUCAGAGGACGAGGAAGAUGGUGAACAUGAAGGAGAGACCGAUUAUGAAGAGGAAGAUGAUGACGAGUGUGACAGUGAAGAUGAAAGUGACGGUGACAGCGAAGAGGAAGACAGUAUCCGCGAGGAGGCAGACAGUGUCUGCGAGGAGGAAGACAGUGUCCGCGAGGAGGAAGACAGUGUCCCCGAGGAGGAAGACAGCGUCCGCGAGGAGGAAAAUAAAGAAAAUGAGAGAGCCAACCAGCCGCAAGAAGAGGUUGAGGAGGCCAUGGAAGUCGAAGAUGGUUAUGUUGAGCAUGAGGAAGGGGAGAGCAACACCAAGGCAAUGGGAGACUGCGACAACGAGGACGAUUUCAACGAGGUGCCGGAGGGACGGUGGAACGAAGCGGUGAGGAGGCUAUGGGUGGAAAGGUGGAAUAGGACGAGGAGAGAACACGGGAGGCGCUGGGUGGUCAUGAGAGGCAGGAGGUACAGAGCAAUGAGGAGGCGCUGGAUGACCACCAAGAGGAGGACCAAAGCCAAGAGGAGUCUGAUUGCCAUAAGGAGGAGAGCCAGCAGAGGGGCACAGAGCCCAAACACCAGUCAGGCAGCGGGUGGAGUGGUGUCGCAAAAUGAAGAAUUGCUAUGACGAGAAGGUGUGUGAAGAAGCCGAGGAGAAACUACAGGAGAAGAUUGCCAAAGCCUGGUGUUAUAAGUGUGUGUUUGUGCGUGUGUAUAUUAACUCAUUAGUUGCCAUGGACGGCAAUAGAAGUCCAAAUCAAUUUGAAGAGGGAGGUGAAUGCGCCUACUUUAAAUGGAUUGGACGUCUACUAAUGAUAAACUCAUUGAAAUUCACAAAAGAAAUAUGAAAGGGUCCACAUGAUCAUCAACAAUAGCACUGAAAGAUUUAAUUGCAUGACAAUCACCUUGCUUGCCAAUGUUUUUCAUGUUUCUAUUACCUUUGCAGAAUAAUGUAUCAAAACAAACAAUAAAUACUUUUGACCAAAUAUGAGCCAUCAUAAAUAGCACUUGUAACAAUUUUGCGGUAGGGCAUGCUCGGGUUGGGGGUCCUGGUGCCGGGAUUGGCGAUGGGGCGGCGUAGGGUUGGUCGCCAACGGGCUUACAUUCAUAAGAGAUUCACAUAAUUACUGGGUUCUAGAUCACAGAACUGAUUUGUGUACACUCUACCUCUUUCAAUCACUUAGCUUAUAGACACCUCUUUCACUGGCCAAUAGGCCCCCACAUGGUGUAAACCGGAAAUACAUCUCGCUGACGAUGGCACCAGCAUAUUAAUAAUUAGUCUAGAUGUUCUAUGUAUUUCUUGUUGUUGUUUGUGUAUGUGUUUCUUUUCUUUCUUCUCUUGUGUUGCUUUUCUUCUGUCCCCCCAUAAUCCCUUCCUGUUCGCUGCUUUGUCAUAAUAAAAAGGUAUUUUGAAUGAUCACAAUGGGAGUAUAUCAGACUCUCAAUGUGAAACAUUAAAACUGUUCAGACAACCCGGGCACUUAGACUUCCAUUCUCUGUGUCAAACAGCUGAACAG